AUGGAAAUGGUUGGCAAAAUUGCAUGCAUUGUUGUUUUAUGCAUGGUGGCCAUACUGGUUGCACCCCAUGCAGAGGCGGCAAUGACUUGUGGUCAGGUUACAUCUGGCGUAGCUCCUUGCCUCCCUUAUCUUACCGGCCGCGGCCCCCUCGGAGGGUGCUGUGGCGGAAUUAAGGGUCUUUUGGGUGCAGCCAAGACUCCAGCCGACCGAAAAAUGGCAUGCAAUUGCCUAAAAUCAGCCGCUACUGCUAUUAAGGGUAUUGAUGCUGGUAAAGCUGCUGGUAUUCCUAGCGUUUGUGGCGUAAACAUCCCUUACAAGAUUAGCCCCUCCACCGACUGCACUAGGUAA